AUGGGAUUCUCAGACAGGAAAAGAAAAUCAAGAGACGAACAAGACUACACAGUAACCUUAGCUUCUCCACACUUCCCCAUGGAUGAACUCAGCGAAGACGUCCUCGAGAGAGUCCUCUCAUGGCUCCCAACUUCCUCUUUCUUCCGCAUGACUUCCGUCUGCAAGAGAUGGAAAUCAACCAAAACCUCAAAAAGCUUCAACCUUGCUUGCUCCCAAGUCCCUCUUCGAGACCCCUGGUUCUUCAUGGUCCCUAACGAUCCCAAGUCUUCGACUUUCGUAUACGACUCAACAGAUAACAACUGGAGAAACCUCAAAAACCGCAACCUUCGUGAUGAUUUCAUCCCUGUAGCUUCCUCUGGUGGUUUGCUCUGUCUUUUCUGCUCUGUUUCUGGAGACUUCCUCCUCUGUAAUCCCAUCACUGGAUCUUCUCGGGAGCUUCCUUCUCCAAUCUUUCCAGAUAACAAGAAGCCUCUCCAAGCUGUAGCCAUGAGUGCUCUCACUCCCUCUAGCUACAAACUCGUUACAGUCUCUGGAGAAUGCCCAAACCUCUGUUUCAGGUUCUACGAAUCAGAUUCCGGUUUAUGGAGUAAAGAGUUUAACUUAGUGAAAACAAACAAUGGAGAUGAGUACAACGAUGAUGAUGAUGUUACUGGAACUGUCUACUUUCUUAGCAAGACAGGACACGUGGUUGUAGCGAGUAACAAUCUACAGAGAAGUCCUUCUAAGCAAUACUCUUCUGUUAUAACCGUUAAAGACAAUGUAGAGACUGUUUACUUUCUCAGCUCUUAUGGAACCAUCAUAGCUUGUGAUCUCACCAAUAGAUGCUUCACUGAGCUACCUAAGCUUCUUCCUCCGUUUCUUGAGUAUUCCAUCGACUUGGUGGAAUGUAAUGGAACCAUGUUUGUGGUUCUUCUCUCUGAGUUCUACGAAAGCGCCAGCUUGAGGAUCUGGAAGCUAGAGAACCAGAGUUGGGUUCAUGUUGGGAUGUUGCCUCCUGCGAUGUCUCAUGAGUUGUAUGGGAGAAAUGGCGAUAUAAACUGUGUUGGAGGAGCUGGAAACAAGAUACUUGUGUGCUUCAACACGAGUCCUCCUGAGGUGUAUUGUAGAUACUUUGUGUAUGAUUUAGUUGCAGAGCAGUGGAGUGAGUUGCCAAAAUGCUUCAAGAAGGAUGGAGAAGCUGUGGAGUUCGUUUCUGCUCUUUCGUUCCAGCCUCGGAUUGAAGCAACAGUUUAA